UGUGGAUGUAUAAAUAAACUACAGGGCCGGUUGUGAAGUCUCUUUCAUAAAUGUAAUAUCUGCAUCGAGUGUGUGAGGGUCCGAGCUGUGCGGCAUAGUGACUUCAACUACAUAAACAUGGCAGACCAGGCAUUUGUCACCUUGGCUACAAAUGAUAACUACGCUAAAGGAGCAAUGGUGCUGGGGAAAUCUUUGAGGAACCAUAAGACCUCCAAGAAACUGGCAGUGCUUAUUGGACCACAUGUGUCAGAACCAUCCAGAGCAGUGCUUCAGAAACUGUAUGAUGAAGUCAGGCUGGUGGAUGUGUUGGACAGUGGGGACACGGCACACCUAGCUAUGAUGAAGAGACCAGACCUGGGAGUAACAUUCACCAAGCUUUACUGCUGGACACUCACACACUACUCAAAAUGUGUGUUCAUGGAUGCAGAUACGAUGGUGGUUACGAACAUUGACGAGCUGUUUGACAGGGAGGAACUUUCAGCAGCUCCUGAUCCAGGCUGGCCUGACUGCUUUAACUCUGGUGUGUUUGUCUUCCAACCCUCCAAUGAGACCUAUAACAAAUUGCUUCAGUACUGUACAGAGCAUGGCAGCUUUGAUGGAGGGGAUCAGGGAGUCCUAAAUGGUUUCUUUAAAGACUGGGCCACAGCAGAUAUCAGAAAACAUCUUCCCUUUAUCUACAACAUGAGCAGCAUAGCAAUUUAUACUUACCUUCCUGCAUUCAAACAGUACGGUGCAAACGCCAAAGUGGUUCACUUUCUUGGAAAGAUGAAGCCCUGGAACUAUGCAUAUGACCCCAAACAGAGUACAAUAAAGGGGGGCGUACAGGAGGGUACCACACACCCCAGUUACCUACUGCAGUGGUGGAGUCUGUAUAGCAGCUGUGUGGUACCUAUGCUAAAGGAGGAAUACAAAGACCAGCCUUUUAACUUUUUCGAGCCCAGCUGUCAGGAAAAGGAGGAGGAGGAGGUGGUACAGACGACACCCCAGGCCCAGUUCUCCCCACCUCCUCUCUCAUCAGUGGAGCGUAAGCAGCGCUGGGAACAGGGCCAGGCUGACUACAUGGGAAUAGACUCUUUCGACAACAUAGAGAAAAAACUUGCUGCUUUCCUAAAAUAAGGCCAAGGGGAGGCCCUUUAAAAGGGCUCAUUUACAGUUUCACAGAGUAAAGGUCUUUAAAUGUGGGUGUAGAUCCUCAGAUGUGGUGCCGUUUGGAGUGGGUUACUUCAGCUAUGCAGAACUGUUGAUGCUGUGUGCCAACUUUGCGACCAAUUGUGUUCCCUAAGACUUUUGCCCACUGUGAAACUGACUAUUUGUCAUGGGCAAACACUCAACAAAAAACAAAGCACGCUUGCUUCAGUAGUCACAAACUCGCACUGGUUCAUGGAAAUAUCUGGUUCAUUUAUAAAUGUUUGACUUUUAUAAAUGGGACUUUUUCGUUUGCUUGUUUUUCUCCCUCUCUAUAACAAGUAUCUUUUUUGUGUGUACAGAGGUUGUAAAGCUUCAUAGAGCACUGAAUGUAGAAGGCGUAGAUUUUAUUAUCUCACACACAUGAGCUGUCUUGAAUUCUGCUAAGGCUGAUCAACCUCAUCACUCAGUAGAGACCUGCACCUUUUAUUUAGCUUGUUAGCAAUAAAUGUAGGCAUUUUCCCCCAAACUCUUGCCUUCAAACAAGGUUGUAGAAAAGCUGAUCAUGGAAAUGACUCCAACCUCUUCGAUUUUGUCGAACUUGCGUGUGUAGCACGAUGCGAUUGCCUGCAUUUUUUUAUGUUGACAAACUUGUGAGGUGAUCUCUCAUGUCACUUUACAUAAUGAUGUUGUCCUCUCUAAUUUCCACUGUCUUACAUUUUCACCUGUAAAAUAAAAUUUGGUAAGAUUA